UCAGACAGGUUGGCACUGGCAGACUUGCAUCCAAAGCCUGCUGAGUGAUAAGGAACGUAUCCGCGCCUUGAUGGCAGAGUUGUUACACUUGUGUGACAAUCAUGCUGGAAGCAUUGUUGGUACACUGAACAAGGAUGUGUGUAUGGGUAUUAAAUAUGCUCUUUCGCUCCGACGGACACAAGAUCCAAAAAGAAGACUUUCAGGAUUCAAUGCGUACAUUCAAAAGAGGAUUUGAUCAAGAAUGUUUAACUUUCUCAUUUUUACUUUGGUGAUUUGAGGAAGAUUCGUAAUUUGUGCGGUUGGAACUCCUGCCCCAGUGACUCGCUGGAUGUAACGUUGUCACUGGAUGAGUGAGUUAUACAAACAGAAUCCACUUUGGAACAAGUUUGGAAGAACUUGCCGGGCAGUGUGUGGUACAAACAACAACAUGGGGACCGUGUUUUGGAUGGUUUCUCUUCUGGCUUUUCCAGUGCUGGAGUCUGCCAAGAUCCUGACUGUCAGUCUAAUUGGAGGAAGCCACUACUUGUUACUAGAUGAGAUUUCUAACAACCUACACCAGCACGGCCACGAGGUCCGCAUGCUUUUGCAACUGGGAAACCCUGUUAUUACUGGGUUUUCCUAUGCAGGCCAUGCAGACAGUUACCAGACGACCACCUGGUCCUUGGGAGAGGAAUACAUCAAAGAGAACAACGGCUGGUUCAUGGAGCAACAAACACAGUUUUUGCUGGGAAGGGACAACUUUAACACCUUCCUAAACUUCAUGGGGAACCUAUCCUAUCAGUGUGACCGGCUGCUAGGGGACCAAGAGAUGAUGACUUUCCUCCAGAGGGAGCGCUACGAUAUCACCAUCCUCGAUGCCUUCAACCCCUGCUCCUUCAUCCUGGCACGCAAACUCGGUAUCGACUACAUAGCUUUCUACCCCGGCACUCUGAACAGCCCUGUGUCCAUGGCGCUCCCCAGCCCAGUCUCCUACAUCCCGGUCUUUGGCUCCCAGCUCUCCGACCAAAUGAACAUUUGGGGUCGAGCAAGGAACGUCUUUUAUUCCCUUUUGGCUCCCAUAGGCCAGGAGCUUAUAUGGUCGACUUUUAGGGAAGUAGCCGAGCGCCACUUUGACUCAGGCUCGCCCCCUGGAGGUCUGGAGGAGCUGCAUCAAGGAGCUGAACUGUGGGCCUUCAACACCGACUUCUCCCUUGAGUUCCCCCAGCCUCUCAUGCCCUACACUGUGCUGGUGGGAGGUCUGCUGAAUAAAGCGGCGCAGCCUCCGGAGCAGGACGUCGAGUUGUGGAUCUCCAAUUUCGGAGCGGCCGGUUUCAUUGUCGUGACUCUGGGAUCGAUGGUCUCCUCGGUCUCUGUGGACUCUCUACUUGUGGAGCUGGUGGCAGGCUUCUCUAUGGUCCCUCUGGGGGUAAUCUGGAGGUAUGACCCACAGCGAUGGCCGUCCUACCUGGACAGACCUCCCAACCUGAGGCUGAUGGACUGGUUGCCUCUCAAUGAUCUGCUGGGCCACAAAAAAGCGCGUGUCUUCGUCACCCACGGUGGACAGAACAGCCUGUUCCAGGCAGUGUAUCAUGCUGUUCCUGUGCUGGGCAUCCCUCUUUUUGGGGACCAGUUUGAUAAUAUGGUUAGGGCUACAACAAAGGGACUUGGCCUCACCAUCAAGCCCACACACAUCACCAGGGAACUGCUGAGCUCCACCAUUCAAACACUCACGCAGGACAUCAGGUUCAAGUCUUCAGCUUUGUCCCUUAGCCGGAUCCACAAGUCCCAUCCUGUCCCCCCAGCCCUUCGACUCACCCAGUGGGUGGAGCACAUCCUGCAGAGUGGAGGUGGAGCUCAUUUGAGGCCGGCUUCACUGACACAGUCGUGGUACCAGAGGUACCUGUUGGACUUGGUGCUCCUUCUCUCCCUGGGUUUUCUUGGGCCCGUAGUGACCUGUUUAACUUGCUGUAAGAACAAGAACAGCAGGGACCGGCACAAAAAGAUACAAUAGGUGUAGGUGUACUGUACUGAGCUCCAGAGAACAUGUAUACCUCAGUUCUGUGUUAGUCGUUUGUCUUGGACUCGAACAAUAUACCAAUAUGAUUUAUAGCUACCCUACAAUAGUGCAGUUGUUCAAUAAAUAAGCCAAGAGUCUUGUAACUGUUUCUUAUAUUUCCACUUAUAAAUAGAAUAAAAAUCAAUAACUAACAGCAGCCUCUCAUUUGGAUGUUGGAGACCUUGCUUUGGCGCAAGCAAUUGAGUCAAACUUCAGCAGACAAUAACCAAAAGUGUGAAAACAAGCCAUUCAAAUACUAAUGCAAAUUAUAUUCAUUUUUCUUGCUCAAUUUUGCUUCUCAUUUUCAGCAUUUCUCGUUCACGGCAAAGAUUUUUUAACUCACAGUAUUUCCCAGUUUAAUUACGUGUAA